CACUUCUUUGUGUUCCUAAGAGCGACGUGUUAGGGCGGAGGGACACAGCCCCGGUGAUGUCCGCCACCGCGAAGAAGCGGCCGAAACAAAGGGCUCCAGGCGCAGCCCCGCCGCUUCAGUUCUUGGGGAGGGAGCCCUCUGCAACCCUCUUCCCAUCCAAGAAUGAGGUCCUCAAGCUCUUCGCCGUCAUCGGGAUCGCUGCUUCGGUCGCCGCUGCUUGCAACUACGCCGUUUGCUUCUUCAAUCGUCAGGCCAAGUCAUUCUGCGACAGCAGCAAAGUGGCUUACGACACCGACACUGACUUGUGUGAACCUUGCCCUUCCCAUGGAUGGUGCUCCAAUGGAAAGCUGGAGUGCUUUCAUGGUUAUAAGAAACAGGGAAGGAAAUGCGUCGAAGACGGAACCAUUAAUCAGACCGCAAAGAAACUGUCAGAGCUGCUACAACAGCAUGUUUGCAAUGCAUAUGGGCAAGUUCUGUGCAAUGAACCUGGGAAAAUCUGGGUCUGUUAUCAUGACCAACCUCAUGGUUUUCAUGCAACUUGUUUUCAAGAGGCUGAUGUGAGGGAGAUAAUUGACGAACAUAUGCCACAGAAGAAUAUUGUCUCAGAAAAUGACACUUCUACGUUUGUAAAACGUAAGGUUAUGGACAUUGUGGAGUCUAUCUUGGAAACGAGGGUGGCACGGAAUGGAAGCAAAGAGUUCAAAUGUCCAGACUUGCUAGCUGAACUUUGUAAGCCUCUUCAAUGUCGUGUCAACCAGUGGAUUUACAAGCAUGUUGGCAUUAUGGUGGCAAUUUUGGGUUUACUUGUUGGUUUAACCAAAAUUACAUGGAGUAUACAUCAAAAAAAGAAUCUCACAACUCGAGCUGAGCAACUAUACGAGCAGGUAUGUGAAAUUCUCCAAGACAAUGCCAUGAGAAUUAGAUGUGGGAACCGUGAAGGCGAACCUUGGUUAGUUGCUUCUUGGCUAAGGGAUCAGCUACUUCGACCAAGGGAGAGGAAGCAUGCUAUGUUAUGGAAGAAGGUUGAAGAAAUGAUUCUUGAAGAUUCUCGUAUAGAUCAGUAUCCGAAGAUGAUCAAGGGAGAGUCUAAAGUUGUGUUGGAGUGGCAAGUUGAUGGUCCACUUACUUCAAUGUUGAAGAAUAAGGAAUCUGCAAGCAAGACAAAAGCAUUUGCCAAAGUUGAUGGGUCUUUUGGUAAUGAAGAAAAGAAGCCUGUAAUAGCUGGUGGUGGUUUUACUAAGAAUCCAUCAUAUGUUGAGGUGUCAAGGGCUGGUGUCUGCCUGUUACAAGAUCUGACAAAAGCUUAUUCCACCAGCAUGGACCAAAUGCCAAAUGCCUGACAAAGUGAAGCUAUAAUAUUUGAUCUAGUUAUGACAUGACUGCUUGUCCUUGUUAUUCAUUUGAUUUAUCAGCUUCAAAAAUUGUUUUGUCA